CGCCCGGAAUGGGCUCGGGGGGCCCGGCAGGCGGGAGGCGCGCGCCGGGGCGGGCCCGCGCGGGGCAUGCUGGGAGCGGUAGUCUGCGCCGCGGGGCGCCCGUUGCCGCGGCCGCCGUGAACUACGACUCCCAGGGUGCGCCGCGCGCCAAGACACGUGCAGCCCGGCGGGCCCCCCCACCCGCCCCGCGCGGCGGCCACGCGACCCCCGCGAGCCCAGGCGGGCCCCCAGCGCCGCGGGGCGUGGCCCCGAACCCAAGCCCAAGCGCCCUAGGCGGGGUCCAGGGCGGGGCUGCCCGCGACCCCCGUUCCGCUGGCCGCCCGCAGGUGUCCGUGCUGGUGCCCGAGUGCGGCCUCCUGCCCCAGGAGCUGCGGGCGCUGCUCGCCCGGGCCGGACCCUACUUCUCGGUGCGGGCCCUGCCGCUGUGGGAGCUGCUCGCCCCGCGCUUCGUCAGCACGUUCGUGCAGGGCGGGUCCUGCUACGCCCUGAGCUUCAACACCAGCAUCGAUGAGGACAACGCUGCUGCCCUGCUGCCCAGCGGGAAGUUAAUCUUAUCCCUGGAUAAAGACACGUAUGAGGAGACGGGGCUGCAGGGCCGGCCGUCCCGCCACGCUGGCAAGAACACCGUGAAAUUCAUCGUUGUUGUUGAUCUGCUGGAUUUAUCCCUGAACCCAGCGUCAAAGAAAUCGCAGCGGGUUCUCUGGUCCUUCCGGGAGAAGCAGCCACUGACGUUCGACUUUCUGCUGGCGUGGGACCCUGCAGGGGCAGAGGACUCAGCCAUGAUGUCCUACUUCUCCAGCUACCAGAUCCGGGAGCACCAGCCAUGCAUGGUCCUGAGCACUGUGGCCGAGCUGGAGUGUCCUGUGCUGCAGAGCGGGGAGCCCCGGGGGCAGCCAGGGGACUCGUGCAGCGCGCCCGACUUCCUGGAGUGGCUGGGGGCCGUCUUCAGCGGUGCAGAGCUGAAGAACGAGCCGGACAGCUUCAUCUCCACCUACUGCUGUCCCCAGCCCAGCACGGUGGCAGCCAGGGCCUCCUUGUGCACCCUCUCUGGUCUCCUGCUCCCCGCCCAGAUCUCUGCCCUGCUGGAGCAGCUGCGCCGCUACUUUGCAGAGCCUAAGCUGGCCCCGUGGGUCGCACUGUCCGUGCAAGGUUUUGCCGACAGCCCCGUGUCCUGGGGCGAAGACGAACACGGCUUUGGGGGCAGCGGCGACCACCUGUACAGCUUUGUCAUCUUUGGCAACCAGGACUACUGGCUGCAGAUGGCCGUGGGCGCCAGGGACGAGUGUCCACCCUAGAGCCCAGCCGAGGCCCUUCCCAGGACUGCUGGACCUGAUGGCAGAGGACGUGUGUCUGCCGGCCAGGAAGCAACGUUUCUUAGAUGGGCUCUGGCCCCACAGGAACUGCCCUGUUGGCGUCCCGCAAGUCCCCUGCACUGGAGCCCUGUCCGUUCUGAUUCCAGCCCCGGGGCCCACGUGCGGAGGAGCUGGCAGCCUUCUGAGCACCCCCAGGGCUAACGGGCCUCGGGACUCAUGUCACCGAGUUUGAAGUGGAAACCGUGUUGGGGGUAUCAGUUUGACAAUGGGAGAAGGGGUCAGGAAGGAAGCUGGCUGGACCCUGCCGCAGUGUGGCAGAGGGAAGGGGUCCCUGGAAAGGGCCCAGGACAGAAGGUGGGGUGCGCCCUGAGCAUCGGGUCCCUUUCAGAGCUCCUGUUUGUGGUGGCAGCAGUGUUCUGCCUCCCACGGGAAGGGGUCUGGGCAGAUGGGCUGGUCACAUUAGUACCAAAGCUGGUUUCUGCUUUAAAGGCCAAUAAAAAGGCUACUCUG